CAAGAUGGCGGCGCUGAAGGAAGCUCGGGGCUACGGGCUGUCUUGCGGGCGGGUGAGCGACGGCAGCAAGGUGUCUGUCUUCCACGUGAAGCUCACCGACAGCGCUCUGAGGGCCUUCGAGAGCUACCGCGGCGGCCAGGAAUCUGUUGCUUUGAGACCAUCGAUCCGAUUUCAAGGAAGCCAAGGGCACAUCACAAUUCCCCGGCCUGGUUAUCCAACAGAAGUACGAACUUUCACAUUUUAUCUUUCAAAUAUUGGCAGGGAUAGCCCCCAAGGGAGCUUUGAUUGCAUCCAGCAAUAUGUGUCCAGCAAUGGAAAUGUCCAUCUGGACUGCCUGGGCAGUAUACAGGACAAGAUUACUGUGUGUGCCACUGAUGAUUCUUACCAAAAAGCCCGGCAAAGCAUGGCCCAAGCUGAGGAGGAGACCCGCAGCCGCAGUGCCAUUGUCAUUAAACCAGGAGUUCGUUAUAUCGGCAAAAAGGUUCAGUUCCGGAAGCCAGCCCCGGCCGCUGCAGACACUGUUCCCUCAAGGAAGCGCUCAACGCCAGUCAACGUUGCCAAUGCCAUCAAGAAGAGCAAUAGUGGGAUUUCUCAGCAACCCUUCAGAGACAGGGUCAUUCAUUUACUGGCACUUAAGCCUUACAGGAAACCCGAGCUGAUCCUGAGGUUGCAAAAGGAUGGCCUUUUGCAGCAGGACAAGGACAUGCUGGACAGCCUCUUGCAGCAGGUUGCCAACUUGAGUGCCAAGGACAGCACAUACACAUUAAAAGAUUGCAUGUACAAGGAUAUUCAGAAGGACUGGCGUGGAUACUCAGAAGGAGAUCAGCAGUUACUAAAAAGAAUUCUUGUUAGGAAACUCUGUCAGCCACAGAACGUAGGUAGUGUUCCUGGAGACACACCUUCCUCAAGUCCACCACCGAAAGACCCUUUGAAUUCCUCAUCACCCCCUCAGAAACGAUCUCAGCCACUGGAUUUCAUUGACCCUCUAGCAAAUAAGAAGCCGAGGAUAUCUCAUUGUACUCAAAGAACUCAGCCCACUUUCAAUGGGAAACUGAACUCUUCUAAUGGGAAGGAAGUCCCUUCUGCUCCCGGCCCAGCUUCCGUGGCCAAUUCGGUCAGCUCUAGCUCCCAACUCCCUGACCUGGAGCUCCCCCAGCCUCACGACCCCCUCACUGAUGUCAGCAAUGAUAUAUGUCACAAUGGCAGAGACUGUGAGAAUGCUGAGGCCUCUGAGAGCCUCAGUCUCCCUCUGCUGACAGACUGUCCCCAGACCAGCAAACACAGUUGUGCCUCAUGGCAUAUGAAAACAAAGAAGAAAUCCAAAAAGCACAAAGAAAAGGAGAAGCGAAGUGAGGAGAAACAUAGAGAAGAGAAGCAGGAUUGUGAACUCGUGAAGAACUCCGAUACUAAGAUGAGUGGGGCUCUGCAGGAAGGCACAGGUUUAAAUGGAACAUGCAAUAAUUCUAGCGUUCCAACAUCAACUUCGGAAAUGCCGGAUUAUCUGUUAAAAUAUGCUGCCAUUUCCUCCUCGGAACAACGUCAAAGUUAUAAGAAUGAUUUUAACGCUGAAUACAACGAGUACCGAGAUUUGCAUGCACGGAUAGAGAGAAUAACACGACGGUUCACACAGCUGGAUGCAGAGCUCAAACAGCUUUCCCAAGGUUCAGAAGAGUAUGAGACCACCCGUGGUCAGAUUUUACAAGAAUAUUGGAAAAUCAAAAAGACUAAUACUAACUACAGCCAAGAAAAGUACCGUUGUGAAUAUCUACACAACAAACUGGCUCACAUCAAGAAACUGAUAGCAGAGUAUGACCAGCGGCAGCUCCAGCCUUGGCAGUGACCUGUGUGCUGGGGAGCACUGGGGCCUGGGGUGGACUUGUGGCUGGCCGCAGCUCCCGAGCUGCCACUGUGCUGAACUGCCUCUUGCUGGGCCACAGGCAUUUCAAGCUUCACCCUUUUGGUGUGUGUGGGGAACAGGGGAAGGUUUAAAGAAAAGAAAAAUGUAUCUAUUUAGCAAAAAGUAGAUAAAUAAAAGGAAAACUCACUCAUUAACUUGCAGAGGAAAACAUGCAGGGGAACUCCAUGGUUUCCAUAGGAUUGAGUGAGUAGCAGGUUGUCAGCCCCUGGUUGGGCUGCUUAUGAUCCUCUGGUUCUUCUGCUUUCCCCCCCAGGUAAUGGGGGCACCACUGGGGGGGCGCAUUUUUGGGGCCCAGUCACCAGCCUAAAAAGCAUCUUCUUUAUAUGCAAGCUGUCUGGGCGCCUUGCACAGGAUCAGCUCCUGAGCCCCAUGGGUUGAGCAGGCGUCUCUCCAGCCAUCUCACUGGGUGGUUUCUCAGAGGGCCCAGGCCCAGGGUUCAGCUUCAUGUUUACUAUUGGAAAAUGCUCCUGCCGGCCCUAGGCCCUGGGAGACCAGUCCUUGGAACACCUCUCCUUUGGUGACUGGCACCUGUCUUCAGCCUGCAUUGUGCGUGCUGUCUCCACUGUCCCAGAGGACUCUGAGAUGUCUGUCCAACUUUUCUAGUUUUAUAUGAAGAUGGCCAAUUUUAUUCCUUGCUAAUGAGACGAUGGUCUAUUUUUGUAUGAGAGAAAAUGCAUCUUUUCUAAAUCCGUGCCUCUCCUCCCUUUUGGGCCAAUGGUCUGGAUCCCUUUCUUUUGUUCUAAUUGCAGUAUUACUAAAUCGAUAGUGGCAUUAUUAUCAUUAUUAUUAUUAUUAUUUUGGUGAUGCCCUGUAAAAAGAAAUGCAAGCAGCUGGAGGUAUAUUUAGAGUUGGGGGCUUUGGUUUUGACCCCUUCCAAAGAAGCGGCAGGUCCUCAGCUCUUGGAACAGAACGAGAUCUGGCUGAGAUCAAUUGAGUUGUCCAUCUCCCAAGAUUCUUGUUCCAGACUCUGAGCCCUGCCUUACAGGUCUUCAGGGAACCGCUGGGAACUCAGCCCUGGGGGCAGGGCCCCCACCUCCCCACCUCUGUUAAGUCUCUGGGCUUACCUCCUUAAUUCCUUCCCUCUCUCUUUCUUUGAGUACCCCAAAGUAUUCCUCCUUCCAGUCUUUCACCUGCUUGGUGAGGGUUUCUUUGCACUAGAAAGUUCCUUCUCUAGGGGAAUCUGUUGCCUGGAAAUAGCCCCUCCUUUUCCUUUGUGUCCAGCUCAGUUCCCCCAACUCCCUCCCUCCCUGACCUGGCACUGUACCAGAUGGCCACCUGAGAAGCUGCCCCCCUCGCUCUUCCCAUGUCCUCAGGCAUGCCUGCUUCACUGGGGCUGCCCUUCACUGCGGAUGGCUACUUGGCUAUUUUGGGAUUCAUUCAGAGUGGUAAUCUGCAUUCUCUAGUUUCCCCAGAUAGGAAACCUGCAUUAGCAGGAGCAUACCCUUCAGAUUGGAUACAGUCAAAACUGAUAGUGGAUUUCUGUGUCGAGCCCUCUGGCUGUCUGAACACUGAGACAGAGUGAACCUUUUCACAGUAAGCUCAACUCAAUAGCAUGUCGAGAUUUGACCUGGAUAUGAUUGAAAGGAGGGAGGUGCUGGAGUAUCCAGCAUCAUUGAGCUGACAGUUGUCAGUGGAAGAGGCUGCUGCAUCUACCCAACAAUAUCCUAGCCAAAUAAACUUGCACACAGUAUGCCAGAACAGCUGGCAGGCCACAGGGAACCGGAUAGGCAGAGGCAUCCUGAAGUUGGAGAAGGAUGUCUUUUCCCCCAGAUGGGCUUGCAUUGAGGUUCGCUCCAUGGCAGAUGGCUCCGCUUUGAGGACUCCAGACUGCUUUCUUAGCACAAAUGAAUAGAAUUCACUGAAGUGUGAGGGAACUUCCCAGACAGGCAUGGUGGUGUUGAGAGGCCUUGUUUGAAAACUUCAUGACCCCCCAUGUUGGGGGCAGACCCUGAUCCGGUGUAGGUUGAACCGGAGUGCUGUGGUCAUUUCAUAAUUUUCUUUGGCAAGCUCUGACUGGUAGUACUAAGGUUCUGUGGUGUCCAAGUUCCCCUGGAGCAGAACCUUCCGGUGGGCUAGGUGGGCCUUGCCCACUGGGCACGGUACUUAAAGAUUACGCCUGUAUUUGGGUUUAGGGUAGGGUGUCCAAAGGGCACAUCCCAGGCUGUAAGAAAGAUUUGUGUUCAGGUACCCAGCCAAGGUCAGGGUGUGUCCAGUCAUAGGCAUUUGGGAGGUUGCUGCCAAAACAAGUUGUAAAGACAGGUGGUUCCCAGACAGCUGCUACUGACCUUGUUAGGGAGGAGUCAGGGGGCAGGGAGGAUCUUUUCCAACUACUGCUUCCAAAGAGCUGGUGUCAUUUGGUGGAAACAGGUUGACCUGAGUGUUCCUCCACCCUUCUCUUCCCCCUCACCCCCUUUCCUGAGACUGCCUGGAUCACUUCAGAGCCUGUACCAUAUGGCUGUAGAUUCUUCAUGGAAGCACACUGACCAGCAUUCACUCCCGCUCACUUCAGCAGGCUUUGGAAUUUUGAUUUGCUGUUGGGGGUGGGUGGGGUGGGUAACGUAUAUGAAAAGACCUUAGUCUUUCUACAUCUGCUAUAAGGAUAUUUUUGCAGACAGAGUUGUAUACAGAGAUUUGUCAUAUACAUUUACAUGUAUAUUCUGGAACUUAGAGAAUUGGAAUAUAAAACAGAAAUAUUUAAUGAAUUCAAAACUGUGAGACCCAAUUAGCCUUCAGUGACUCUUGCUUCAUUUCUCUUUCAGACUGUCACAAGACAUUGUAGUCAGACCUGCCUUUUUAUGUUUUUUUUUUCUUUUAAGGGAUUAUGAAGCUAAGUUAAUCUGUGCUAUUUGGGUUAAUAUAAACCAGUUCUAGGUGAUUCCGUAUGAUCUAACUUAUUGAUACUGUGUUUCUACUUUGUAAUAUUGUACUGUGGAGAAAACCGAUUUUGAGCCAUGGAGUUGGAGUUUACAAAAGCUUUCAAGUUUGCCAAAAUGUUACAAUUGAAAGGCUGCCUAGUCUUCAGCUUUCCUAAUGUUUUCUUAAAGAGCUAGUGUCCUUUUUGUACACUGAAAAGGUGAAUGCUGAUUUUGCAACAUACAAUAAAAUUCACUGUAUUGAAGAGAAAAA